GCAAAAUUCAACGGUAAAAGUGGGGAAAUUGGCAUCGGUUAUAAAUACGCAAGAGCUACCGGCGAUUGGCGGCAACGACGAACUGAAAACUGAAGCCUCCAGGUCAAGAGUCCGACAAGAAUGGGAGUUCAGGGUCUUUGGGAGCUCUUGGCCCCCGUCGGCCGCCGUGUCUCCGUCGAAACCCUAGCCGGGAAAAAGCUCGCCAUCGAUGCGAGCAUUUGGAUGGUACAAUUCAUAAAAGCUAUGCGCGAUGAUAGGGGAGAAAUGGUCCGAAACGCUCAUUUACUCGGUUUCUUUCGACGGAUUUGUAAACUGUUAUUCUUGCGGACCAAGCCUGUUUUUGUCUUCGAUGGUGCAACCCCAGCUCUCAAGCGCCGUACUCUCAUUGCUCGCCGUAGGCAGCGUGAGAACGCCCAGGCUAAAGUUCGUAAGACCGCCGAGAAAUUGCUUCUCAAUCAUAUCAAGGUAAUGAGGUUAAAAGAACUUGCUGAGGAUCUACAGAACCAGAAACAGCAGAGGAAGCAAAAUCUACCAAAAAAGAGUACCUUGCCAAGCCAUAAGGAAAAAUUUGAUGGUACUUCGACUUCUGAAAGGUUGGGAGCAUCAAUUAUGGCUGAGGAGAAAGGGAUUUUCUUGAGCAGCGCUUCCUCUUUUGCUGGUGCUACUCAUGAUAAAGAGGACAGUGAUGAACAGUCAACUGUGAACCAGAAGUACAACAAGGACUCAAAGGGCAAGGAGCUUUUGUCAGAUGAAACUCAUGUAGUGGGGAGUGAUUCAGAAAGGAUGGACUUGGCCUCAAGAAGUGCCCAUCAGCAAAAUUUAGAUGAGAUGUUGGCGGCAUCGAUUGCAGCAGAAGAAGCAAGAAGUUUGAAUGAAAAGGCAUCGACAUCUGCUGUUACAAAUCUGGAUGGUGAAGAUACAGAUGACGAAGAUGAGGAGUUCAUUUUGCCUGAAAUGCAUGGGGUAGUUGAUCCUUCUGUGUUGGCCGCUUUGCCACCUUCAGUUCAACUUGAUCUUCUUGUUCAGAUGAGAGAGAGAUUAAUGGCAGAAAACAGACAGAAAUAUCAAAGGGUCAAGAAGGACCCUGCAAAGUUUUCUGAGCUACAGAUACAGGCAUAUCUUAAAACUGUUGCUUUUCGACGAGAUAUUGAUCAAGUGCAGAAGGCUGCUGCUGGGAGAGGGGUUGGUGGUGUACAAACAUCAAGAAUUGCCUCGGAAGCAAACAGGGAAUUUAUUUUUUCAUCAUCUUUUACGGGUGAUAAACAGGCUCUUGCGUCUGGUAGAGCUGAGAAGAAUGGAGACAAAGAUCUACAGGCACCAAUAGUUCAGCAACCUUUAAGUUCCCUGAAAGGUACAGAAAUUCCUAGUACAUCCAAUUCUCUGGCUCGAUCAACCCCUGAUAAGUCAGAAGUUUAUGAGGAAAACAUUGAAACAUUUUUGGAUGAGAGGGGACGUGUGCGAGUUAGUAGGGUCAGGGCAAUGGGGAUGCACAUGACACGUGAUUUAGAAAGGAACUUGGAUUUGAUGAAAGAGAUUGAGAAGAAUACCAGUGCAAAGAAGGCUACAAAUCCCGACUUUAUGCAAAAUAUUCAAAUAUGUGAUCAACAAAGCUUUUCUUUUCAAAGCCAAGUUCUAGAUACUUCAGAUGAAGGUGUUGGUGGAUCCAUUAAUAAGUUGGAUGAGAGAGGUACAGGGUCCAUGCUGAAUGAAGAAACUGCUAUAGAAAUAUUGCUGGAAGAUGAGGGUGGGAAGUCUUUUGAUGGUGAUGAUGAUCUAUUUUCUAAUUUAGUGGCAGAAAAUCCCAUCGGAAUGGCUUCUUUUGAUAUCUCGACCCAAAAACUCUCUCUUGAUAGUAGGGAGGAAGCACUUGAUGGAAAAACUUAUAGUCCAAAAACUGUUGGAGUGGAUGAUCACUCCUUCAAGGAAGGAACCAUUAGUGAUGAGAGUGAAGUAGAUUGGGAGGAUGGAGUUUGUGAUCUUGUAAACCCAGUUCCUUUUGAAGCUGAUUUGGCAAAGUCAGUUUCUAAAGGUUCUUUGGAAGAAGAAGCUGACUUGCAGGAGGCAAUAAGAAGAAGUUUGGAGGACAAAGGAUAUACAAAAACUGGGCCUUUAUCUUCUGAUCAUCAGCAACCACAACCGGUGAUUGUCGGAAAAAAGGCUGAACAUUAUACGAGUGCCCUAAAAGAGAAUAUGAUUGGACUUGGUAAGCUAGAUAGUGAUGAUGGAAUGAGUUCUUUAAAUUUUAAUGAUUCUUCCGGGACAAAGGGAACGACUGAGAGUUUAUCUCAAAAAAUGCAAUGCUCAGAACCUGUUGUGUUGUUGGAUACACAAACCCACACACUUUCCAAACAGUUGGAUGCUUCUUAUAAUGAUGCUACAUUUUCUCCUAAAGAGUUAAAUGAAAAUAAUGAUACUCUUGAGCCCUUAUCUGAAGAAGCAUCUGGUGCAGUCCAAGUUGGGGACAUGAUAAAUAAUACUGUGGUUAAUUCUCCGUGUCAUAUGGUUGAGAUGGAAGGCUUUUACACUCCUGGGAAUGUUUCAUCCCCAAAAUCUUUUGCCUGUGAUAACCAUUUGAAGCAAAAUCUUCCUGUUAACAAGCAUAGUAAUGAUGUUUUGUUGGACGCGAAGGAUGCAAAAAUACCUACUGUUGGAAAAAUAAGUAGUGCAGAGAUUACAGAGGAUGAGUUGAUACAUAGAAUUUCAGUUCUGGAGCAAGAACGUCUGAAUCUUGGAGAUGAGCAGAAAAGACUUGAGCGUAAUGCUGAAUCUGUCAAUAGUGAAAUGUUUGCAGAAUGUCAGGAAUUACUGCAAAUGUUCGGCUUACCAUAUAUUAUUGCUCCUAUGGAAGCGGAAGCUCAGUGUGCUUAUAUGGAACUUGCAAAUCUUGUUGAUGGGGUGGUGACUGAUGACUCUGACGUCUUCCUGUUUGGGGCAAGAAGUGUUUACAAGAAUAUAUUUGAUGACCGCAAAUAUGUUGAGACAUAUUUUAUGAAGGACAUUGAACAUGAGCUUGGUCUGAACCGGGACAAGUUAAUUCAAAUGGCACUACUACUUGGGAGUGAUUAUACAGAAGGGGUUAGUGGGAUUGGCAUUGUUAAUGCUGUUGAGGUUAUGAAUGCAUUUCCGGAGGAAGAUGGGCUCCAUAAAUUCAAAGAAUGGAUUGAAUCACCAGAUCCAAGCAUCUUAGGGCCGCUUGGUGCAAAAACAGGGUUAAAUGCACAUAAAAGAGGGUCAAAAGCAAGUGAGAAUGACACGACUUGCUCAAAUAGCAGUGGUUCUGCAUCUGAAGAGAACAUAUCUAAAGAUCUGAAGGAAAACAUGGCUGUUAAACAGAGUUUCAUGAAUAAGCAUAGAAAUGUUAGCAAGAACUGGCAUAUACCUUCUGAAUUUCCAAGUGAAACAGUCAUUUCUGCUUACAUCUGCCCACAAGUGGACAAGUCAGCGGAACCUUUCUCCUGGGGGAAGCCAGACCAUUUUGUCCUUCGCAGAUUAUGCUGGGAAAAGUUUGGUUGGGAGAACUCGAAGGCAGAUGAAUUGCUUUUGCCAGUCCUGAACGAGUACAGCAAACAUGAGACUCAACUUCGAUUGGAGGCGUUUUACACUUUCAAUGAACGGUUUGCUAAAAUCCGCAGUAAGAGAAUAAAAAAAGCUGUUAAAAGUAUUACUGGGAGCAGGUCUGCCGUGUUGAUGGAUGAUGCUGUGCGGGAUGCUUCUGUAAAUAAUCAAAGAGAGCUUUCUGUUGAGCCUAAGGAGAACAUAUCUGAGAAAUGCUCAUCAGAAAUACAAGGUGCAUGUUCGAAUGAAGAGGACAGAGAAAAUAGACUCCAAAAACCUUCCAGGAAAAGGCAGCUAGAUGGAGAGCAAUCUCAAUUUGGUAAGGGUAAAAAACUAAGAAAGAAAGAAAAAGGAAAGAGAAGUGUAAGUGAGGGAUCACAUUCCAAGAGAGGGAGGGGGAGAGGCCGGUUGGCAUCGAGAGGAAAGACUCCUAUGACUGACUUGGCUGAAACCAGCUCCAGUGAUGAUGACGGUGAAUUUGACAAUCAGAAAUUUGAUUUGGAGAAUUUGCAGGAGCCUCAAGAAAGGAGACGAUCAUCACGUAUCCGAAAAUCUGCAAGCUAUGCAAUUGAUGAUGCAGAUCAACCAUCAGAUCACAGUGCGGAUAGAUUUUCCAAUGAUAAAGUUGAAAAAGAUGUGGUGGUCCAGGAUCAGUACACUUAUCCCAAAACUAUUAUAAGCCAAUCUCAAAAUACAGAAUCCAGUUCCAGAACUCCCAAGCAAUCUCUACAGAAUGAUUAUCUCGAAACUGGAGGUGGUUUCUGUCUGGUGGAAGAUGAAAAGAGCCGGCAAGAAAUGUGCCAGAACAAAGAUUCAGCUAUGGAGGCUAACAAUAGUGAAGACUACCUGACAAUAGGAGGCGGGUUUUGCUUAGAUGACAAUGAUGAAUGUGUUGACCCAGUUGCACACUCCGACCAAGCAACCAUAUUAGAAGCCCAGAAGGAUGACUUUGAAAAUGAUCUUAUUCCUGAUCAAUCAACCUUCUCUACUGAGGAACAUAUAGUUGAGAAAGAUACAGACGCACGUAUAGAGUCUCUGCACGGUUUGGGCAACUCGAAUCCUGUAAGUAAUCGAAACUCUUCCCAGGUAGGUGAGAAUGUGGAAGAGGAACCUAAGGAUCGUAGUGUAAGGGCAUUGGGAGGAGGUUUAAGUGCCAUGCCAAAUUUGAGAAGAAAGAGAAGGAAGUAUUGAGACAACGAUCGGUAAGUAAGAGUUCAAGUUUUUUGAAUGAGCUCUUAAUCUCACUUACCGUCUUUACACAAUUUUAGGAAGUUUAAAUAAUUUAUGUGUUUGAAUAGUGGAAAGCUCAGUAUUAAAAUUUAGGAAGAACACUUUUGUAAUAUAGGAAGAACACUUCUGUGUUCAUAGGUCAUUUUCUUUUUUUCUUUUCUGUUUUUUAGCUCAUUUUAAGGCAAAUUAACAAACACUCCCAAGUUUAAUAUUACUAUACCUGUGUUAACUCUAUAAUCUUAAGCAUAUGAACUUAUUUUGACCUUUCAAAACCAAAAACUAACGUUCUCCAAUAUGUAUGGAAUCAGAAGCUAGUUUAUUAUUA